AUGGAUCUCGGGAGUCUAUCUCAACUCCAAACGGAGGGGGUCAAUCCCCGAACUGUGCAUAUUGAUCGCAUGUCGACACUUGACAUGUGCACUGUGAUCAAUGCCGACGAUCAAAAAGUCCCCGAGAGUGUUGUUCCUUGCUUGCCCGUUAUCGCAGGAGCCAUUGACGCAUUGACCCCGCGAGUUCGACAAGGCGGCCGGGUAAUUUAUGUCGGCGCUGGCACCAGUGGAAGGCUUGGAAUCUUGGACGCAUCGGAAAUUCCCCCAACCUUCGCCGCCCCUCGCGGGCAGUUCGUCGGUCUGAUUGCUGGUGGAGAUGCCGCAAUCCGAUCGGCUCAGGAGGGAGCUGAGGAUGAUGAGAAAGCCGGUGAGGAUGAGAUGGAAUCUCUCAAUCUGAAUCCCGAGCUUGAUAGUGUCAUUGGAAUUGCAAGCUCGGGUCGCACGCCUUAUGUGCUUGGUUGUCUUGCUUUUGCCAAACGUCUCGGAUGUGUGACCAUCGCGGUUGUUUGUACAGUUCCUUCGGUGAUUGGGCUUUCGGGGAAUGUGGACUUUGUCAUUUCACCCAUAUCGGGGCCUGAAGUGGUCACUGGUAGCACCCGUCUGAAGGCGGGUACUGUCACGAAGCUAGUGUUGAAUAUGCUGAGUACCGGUACUAUGAUUCGCACCGGAAAGACUUACGGAAACAUGAUGGUUGAUCUCGUGGCGUCGAAUUUGAAACUCGAGCAAAGAUCCCGUAAUAUUCUGCGGAGGUUGAGUGGAAAGUGUCAGUCCUCGUCCGACGCGGAAUUGGACGCUCUUCUUGCAAGAUGCAAUGCCAGUGUCAAGCUCGCUAUCUUGGUUGCAGAAACCGGGGAGUCGGUCGAGACUUGUCAGGGAUAUGUCGACGCUGCGGGCGGAGUAUUGGCCAAGGCGCUGGCUGCCAUCUCUAGGCCCAUCGAACAGAAGCCCGCAAGUGCCCCCACUCAAAAGUUUUCCUUAUGCAUUGACGGCGGCGGUACCAAGUGUGCUGCUGUUGUGGCCGACGGUACGAACGUUGUGGGCCAGGGCUCUGCUGGCCCAUGCAAUCUAACCGACAGCAUUGGAAAUAUAGACGGGGUUAUAGCCACAUUACUAGACGCUGCUAAGGCUGCUUUGAAAGACGCGCUGCAAAGUGAUGUGGAACAAACAGAGUCUUCGUGGAAGGAACGUCUGCAAACAUCCUUCAGCUCUGUCUGGAUCGGACUGGCUGGUAUUGACCGAGCUGACCUGGAGGGGGUGCUAGCACCCAAGCUGAGACAAGCGUUCGGAAUCACCAACGAAAAGGAACUCCAGUUAACCAACGACGUAGAUCUGUUGACUGCAGGUGUUCCAAAAUCCCUCGGUACACCCUCCGUCCUGGUGGUGAUCGCAGGCACGGGAAGUGUUGCCAUGAGAUACAAAUGGUCUGACGAUCAACAAAAGUACGCUCGUUCUGCCCGUUCUGGAGGCUGGGGUCAUAUGCUCGGUGAUCAGGGAGGUGGCUACGCAAUUGGUAUGAAAGCCAUCCAACACACCCUGGGAGUCUUCGAGAAUAUUACAUUGGGACUCGACGAAACUGGAGGCGAUGAACUUUCUAAGGCGGUUGCGGAGAAACUUGGAUGUCAGAUCUCUGAGAGAGCCAGUAUCGACAUGUUAAACAUUAUUCUGGCUCAGAACUAUUCGCAGGGUUUGAAGGCCCGUAUUGCUAGUAUCGCACCGGUUGUUCUUGACUUGGUGGACAAAAAUGAAACUGCAGCAGCUAUCGUGAGUUCUCAGGUGGCUUUGCUUGUUGGCGAGACUCUUGGUCGCUUGGUGAAACCUCAAGCCACUGGCUAUCAGCCAAGUGAGGCCUCUGUGUUGGUACUGGCAGGAGGAUUGAUGAAGAAUGAGAGGUACAGGGCCACAUUUGAGAAGCAACUGGACUCUCACAGAUUGUAUUUCAGAGGAACGGUGGUUGUUGAAGACGCAGCCCGUUCAGGCGCCACAUACAGUCAUUGA